AUGUUGAACAGACGUCUAUGGAACCGCCGGCAGAAGAGUACGGGCAAGGACGGAAACCAACAAGGUACUACAUUCAGAUCUCGAUUGAUUCCUUUAUCCGCUGACAAGAACCUUCCACCUUUCGUGAUUGACGUCGAUAACCCCUCAGCAAAUCCUUCAGCUUCCAAUCUUUGGAACCCACCCAGCAAUUUCGCUAUCGAUGCGGAUGAUCGAGACAAAACUUAUAAAACCGUCAAAUACUGUUUGUCCUUAGUGGGAGUCGAUGGCGGUGCUUUCUAUCAGAGGGCGAAAGCAGACCUCAAAGACAGUGACUCGGAUUGGAUAUACGAGGAUGGGUGUCUGAUCUGCACAGAUGAUCUCGACGUUGCUAGAGCGUGUCUCUUGGCAUGCACCGACAAAAAAAAGCUUUACUGCCAAGACUGUGUCAAAGUCCUGCAAGAGAAGGCAGAUCAGGUUGGACGUGUUUCCUGUCCCUUCUGUAGACGCCAGGUCUACUUCAUCAACACACAAUGGGUAAUUGCCAACAACGAAGAAAAAAGGCGCAGUGCCAUUUCAGCUCGCAAAAAGCGAAAGCGGAAACAGAAGAAGUCAGCCAAACGGAAAAAGCUGGCAGAGCAGAAAAAGGCGGCUGUUCAAAAAAAACCUGAGCCUGACGAAGUCUCCAUCAUCGAAAUCACUGAUGACGAGGGAGGUGCUGUUAUAGAUGGAGAGGUUCUAGAAAUUUCAGAUGACGACUCAUGA